AUCAUGCACCUCCCAGUUUUUAAAAACUCCAAGUUAUCCCUUCUAUCUUCUUCCUCCUUUUUCUCUUACAGCUGCAGACCAUUCCCCUUCUUCUCUUCUUCCUCUUUUUAAAAUGUCUCAUGCUUUCACACUCUAACUAGAAAGUCGUAGGUGUUGUAUUUUGGCUAUAGCCUAAGAUCAUGGUAUUUCAAAAAGAUUUUGUCGUAGGUGUUAUAUUAAGGAACUUUGAAAUAAAUUAGUAAAAGCAUGGAUUUGCAUGCAUGGGAUAGAGUUAAGUGACCAAGCUCCAAUACAAAUCUUUCAAUUUGUGUCCCUAUGCUGGCUAUGCAUGAUAAUUGGGUCUCUUAAAAACAUGGUACAGUAUUAUUUUUUAUUUUCAUCUUAAUUAAUGUAAUUUUUUAUUAUCUAAAACAUGAGAUAGUGGAACUGUCUAAUGUUCAAACUUCAGAUUUCGAAAAGGAUUUAUAUAAGCUUUUAAUCUAAUAAUUUAUUUUUCUUAUCAAUUACUAUAAUUUUAUUUAGAGUUAAUUAAGUUUUUAGUCUCUCAAUCUUUUUAGAUUUUAAUUCUUAAUCCCUAAAGAUUUUCAAGAUUUUGUAGAAUUUUCUUUCUGAACGUUAUCAACGAAUCCUCUCCUUCCCCCUCCAUAUGCCACAUAAAAUAGACACACAUUGUCAUAAAUUAAGUUAGCAAGGAGGAUUCUGUGGCAAGGGUAGGUUUACAAUAACAACUCUAUCGGUCAAUGACCUUUGAGCUCAAAUGACACUGCCCAAAUUCUUAAAGACUUGGUGUGAUUUUGGUGUUGGACACUUGAUCCUCUUAAGGCCGUUGCUUCUUGUACCUCCAAUUUGUUUUCUGCACCUUCAAGUUAUUUCCUGCACUCUUUCCGAAAUACUUUUUUUACCUUCCAUGGCCAUGUUGGAAGCCAAAAUUUGUAAUUAUUCUGAAAUAUAAUAUUACAUUCUAAAUUGAUCAUUCGAGAAGCCAAAAAAGAUGUGCUUGAAACAACAGCCUCCUCAAUCUACCAUCCCCUUUCGUUAUCAGGUUAUCGCAAAUAUCUCAGGUUUUCCCAAAGAUGAUGAAGCUCCCCCUGGAGGUGUAGAUGACAUGACAAAACUGUCAUACUUGCAUGAAACAAGAGUUCUGCACAACUUGGCAGCUAGAUAUGAACACAAUGAAAUCUAUGUACCUAAACGUAUACUGGCAAUAAACCCAUUUCGAAGGUUACCACAUCUAUAUGAUACUCACAUGAUGGAACAAUAUUAUAAAGGAGCUGCAUUUGAGUCCUCAAAUUUAAACAACAGGAGCUACAUCAAAAAACCCAAGAAGACCUUGAAUGAAAUUACAAAGGAGCUUUGCCCUGUUCUCAGGAUCAGUACAAUGUACUGGGAUGAACAACACAUUAUCCCACAAUAUCAGUGAUUGUUGCCUCUGAACGCUUUAUCUUCUUGUGGCUGUCCCCCGAAAAGUGACUCAGUGCAAUACAAAUGAUAUAUCCUUUAUUCAACUUCCAUUCAUUCAUUCAUAUAUUUAUUUAUUCAAGUUUUAACAAUAUCUUCAAAUGCACCAUGUUCUGAGCUAAUUGAAGGUUAAUAAAUUGGAGGAUUGAUAGUCAGGACUCAGGAGCAAAUACCAUUUUCUUGUCAUAACUUAUGAAUUUUGCACCUUAAAGUUGCCCUCCUGAAUGAAACUCUUUGACCUUUUCCACAUUGAUGAGAUUUUCAUGAUGGAUCUGAUUAUUCCAUUGUCGAUUUCCUUGUUCAUUUUUUAAGCAACUUUUGUACAUGACGGACAAAAAAUGUGGUGGGAGCAUCACAAGCCGUAAGGAUAUGUGUGCCAAAAUUUGCUAGUAUCUCGCAAGGCUCAAUGAAAUUAGAGAUGAAGAGAAAACUAUACCAAGAUAUCAAACUUUUCAAGACUUUGUUCCUUUUGAAGAAAUGCACACGGAAUAUGCAUUGGUAUAUUCCACUUCAAUUGCAUUUUGAGAACUAUAUAUGGGCAACACUAUGGGGUCUUCUUAAA